AUGGAUCAAGUUAUUACUGGCCUCAAAGCUAAUAAAGUAAAGGCCCAAGAAAUUAUCGACAAAGCAAAUGCUAACCAUGCAAAAAUGAUUGCUGCUAUUCCAGAUGAAACAAAGGAACAAGUCGAAUCCAUCAAAGUUCAAAAUAGGAACACAUUAAAAGAACUCCAAGAUUCUCUUGAUAAGAAAAAUAAAAAGAAGGAAGAGGGUUUGAAGAAAGAUACAUCAAAGCAAAUCUCCAAGUUACAGAAAAAUCAAGAAAAGCACAUGGAAGAAAUUGUUGAAACAUUAUACAAGAAAGUUGUUACAGUUUAG